UAUAGCACGUUUGCUUCUUAAGAUCUUCAGAACUCAUCGAAGCAUUGUUCCAGUUAAAUCUCAAGCCACACAAAAAACGAUAUCAGCAUGAACUUCUUGGUUCUCCUUUCAUUGGUUAUUUCCGCUGUGGCGGCCAUCCCUGCAUAUCCCCAUACACCUGUCUACACCUAUCUGAUGAACUAUGCACAUCCGGUCGGAUAUAGACCAGAGGCUCGAAAGACCAUCCCAGACUUUGUUGAUUCGGCAACGACCACCACUCAAUCGAUUGCUACGUGGCAAUUGAAGCAACUACGUAGAAAAUGGUUUAUUCUCAUUUGCAUGCUCGAUGUUUCGUGUCCUACGGUAGCCUUUCCGGAUAAGCAUCCCUGGGCCCCUGCCGCUGCCGCUGCCUCUGACCCUUUUCGCAGUUAUCCAAACGAAUUCCGCAUUGACGAUGAAGAAAUGCAACACCGGGAGAUGUUGACCCCUCAUGAGUUCGUAGCGGAUGACAUUGAUGCGUUUGAGGAUGUCGCCAACAAUCGUGCCCAGGUCAAAUCGACUAACAACCUAGUAAAACUGGCCGAGUUUCAAAUGGCCCAGUGGAUUUGGAGAUGGAAUAUUAUCCUUUGCUUCGUCAAUCCUUCGUGUCCCCAUGUAAACGUCCCGUCGGAUCCCAGCAAAUCCGGACGUCCAUACCCCCCAAUUCGAGUCAACGUGGAGAAAAUGCGAAUGUUAGCCGAAACGCAACAGCAACCCCGUGUCAUCUUUCCUGUGUCAUUCGCCGAUGAAUAGUUAAAUCAGCAGCCAAAAGCGUAUAAUUCUAUUGCGUAAUGUCCCCUAUAGCUAAUAAGCGUCCUGGUGAUUUAACGCUAUUCGCUCAGUUGCGUGAGAUGACGUUAUUUAAAUUAUCUGAUAGAGGUUAUUUUAUACAUAUGCUGUACACGGUUCCAUAACAUCGCAGAUUCAAAUGUUUAUUUAUUAAACUAUACGUGUAUUAAGACGUGUGAAUACACUCUAUUUAUCUGCUCAA